CUUUCUCAAUUUCAAGCCAAAAUAACUCAUUUUCCCUCAUUUUUUUUUGCAGAAAAACGAUGGAAUACUGCAGUACAAAGCAAAUUUCCACGUUUGUCCUCGCCCUAAUCGGUUUUUCGAUUCUCGUAUUCUUCAUCGAAGAGUACACGGAGGAAAGUGAGAUGAACAGCGAAAUGGAGAUGAAAAAAGCGUUUUAUAAGACGGAACACGGCGGAACCACCGGAAAACUGGAAAAAGUGGUGACGGAAUAUCCAGCGGAAGAAUGUUGGAAGCAUGAGCCAUUUGAAGUGGUCACCCAGUGUGCACCGUGCAAGGAUUUCGAGAUUAAGGCUAUUAAAGCUGGUCAUUGCCUAAAAACCGGCUAUUUCGAUCGUGUAAACUGCUCCAAAUCGUCGACAACUGUGCUCCGCCCGUGUCCAUCUCCAAAACAAUCCCGCCGCCACGAGUUUUACCUGUUCUACGUGGUAAAUGCCGCAAUUCUCAUCGUGAGCUUCUUGUCGACGACACAGCGGAAGGCUCAACUCGAACGGGCGGUCUACAUGCGACUACCUCAACAUUUCUAAAUUUUUAUCGAUUUUUUUUGUAGAUAUAUAUAUAUAUAUAUAUAUAUUGAUUGAUUGAUUUUUGUUGCGAUUUUAAACGGGUUUUUAUGUGAAAAAAACAUGGGAAAUGUGUAAUAAACGGUGCGAAUUUAUUGAAAAAAAA